AUGGAUACAACAACCUAUGUUUCCACAAACCAUGGAUCUUCACAAAGAUCACUGGCUAUGCUAUUGGCUUUAGUCUCAGCUGUAGUACUAUCUCCUUUAUAUGUGAACUCAAAAAGUGAUAGAAGAUACUAUGAAUCAAAAUGGACUAGCUAUGGUUUUGUUUUGCCAAUGAUUCUUUUUGGACUUAUAAUUGCCAUCAAAAGAACCUCUUCAUCAAGCUCAUAUUCUAUGUCAUCAUCAUCUUCAAGAGCUUCAUUGUUACCAUCUCAUGAUCCUUCUUUGGUGCUUAGAAUCGGAAGCUCUUCUUGCGGAUUAGCAUGUGUUUUGGUUAUGCUCAUGCUUGUUCUUUAUUGGCAAACCUCGGUUCAAGAGUUUUUGUGGAGAUAA